GCUCUAACUAGCAACAUUCAACAUUUUUAACAUGGCCGCAUGUUGAACGAAACGAUUUUCUUUACUGUUUGCCAAAAAAUAAUUUAUGCGUGUAUUGUGAGCGGAUCUAUGCCGAUCGUGAAGCCGGAUUAUUUAAUAAUUUGUAUAACAAAUUAACGGCUGCGAUCGUAAGAUGAUGCAUCACCCGAACAUUCAUCAUCAGCCGAUGUCGGGACACCCGCAGCACAUGCCGGCGCACCAGCCCAUGCCCGCCCACCAUCAACUGCCGCACCAAAUGCACCGGGAGAACAGGCACGUAACUCUCACUAGGGUGCCGUUGGGUCCGUCACAGGCGGGCGGUAUGGGCGCCCACGCUCAGCUCGGCGGCAUGGGCGUGCAUCACGCCCACCAUGGGCGACCGCACACCAUUCGCGCCGUACACCAUCCGCCCACGCAACACCAUAAUGUACCAACGCCGACCCGUCUCCGUCGUCCUUACGGCGGUGGCUACACUCCCGGAGUGGUUCCCUUCACACAGCCGCCGCCGAUGCCGCCUCCUACUACGCAACAAAACCACAAUGUGGUAUCGGGAGUCAAUACCAAAACGCCAACACCGACAAUCGAAGCCAAAGAGAGUUUAGCGUCCCCCACCGGCACUGAAACUUCCGGCACUGGCACUGGCACUGGCAAUGGCUCUGGCAAUGGCUCUGGCAAUGGCUCUGGCACCGGCACUGACGCGGAUAUUGACGACAAGGACAAGGCCUCGGUAGAGGCGACCGACUCCGAGACACGCUCGACCGCCUCGGCCAACAGUAAAGAGAAGACACCAAUGUGCUUGGUCAAUGAACUGGCCAGGUACAAUAAGAUUAAGCAUCAGUAUCGCCUCACAUCAGAGACGGGGCCCGCUCACAAGAAAGUAUUCACAGUGACACUCAGACUCGGUGACGCUGAGGAAUACACAGCUGAGGGGUCUUCAAUAAAACGCGCCCAGCACGCGGCGGCUAGCGCGGCUCUGUCGGGCACACGCUACCCCCCUCCCCCGCCGCGCGCCCCCCCGCCGCACACUCACCACGCACACCACCACAAGCACGCCGGUACAGUGAUGCCGACGGUGGAGCUGAACGCCUUGGCUAUGAAGUUGUGUCAGCCGGCUGUGUACACGUCGGUGCCGGCGGUGCCGCGCCCGCGUCGCCUGCCGUACCGGCUGCCGGCCUUCGUGCCGCCCUACCCUCACCCUCACCCCCAUCCAGCAACACACGCUUCCCUAGCGCCGAGACUCAUGGAGCCCAGUUCCUUAUUAUAUAGGGUGCGUGUAACUGUGGGCGGUCGCUCCUGGGUAGGCGAGGGGGCGACGCCCCAGGGCGCCCGGCACGACGCCGCAGCCCGAGCGCUCCACGACCUGAGAUCAGUCGCAGAACAUCAGGACAACGACAGCGGUGACGCCGGAUCAGAUAAUAUGUUGAACUCAGACGUUAAAUCCCCAGUAUCGCUGGUACACGAGUUAGCUCUGAAAAGAGAUCUGUCUGUUCAGUUCACCGUCAAGUCUGAGCGGGGACCGCCGCAUAUGAGGGUGUUCGUGACGCUGUGCACGGUCGGCGAGAUGGAGACGGAGGGGGAGGGAAACGGCAAGAAGAUCUCAAAGAGGCGAGCGGCCGAGAGGAUGCUGGAGGAGAUGAGGAGGCGCUGGCCGCCCGCCCUGCUCAGGACCCGCCCGCCCACAGAUAGAAGGAGACACCCGCCCGCCAAGAAGAAGCCCAGGAACCUUAUUAAGGAGGGCGGUGAGGAGGGUGGUUGUGCGAAGUCAAACAACGGCACUCCAGCGUCCUCGGGCGGUUCAGACAACCCGAUAUCCCGGCUGGCGGUAGCGAGGAACGCGGCGAGGGCGCGCUCACCACAGUACCGGGUACUGGAGGAGCGCGGAGUGGCCAGGCGGAGGGAGUUCCUCGUGCAGUGUGACGCGCCACCGCACUCCGCCACCGGGCUAGGACCCAACAAGAAGACGGCGAAGAGACGAGCUGCACACAACGUACUUCUAGCGAUGGAGCUGAGUGCGAGCGGAGAUACUAUGAACAGCAGUAUACAGAGCAACGGAGGAGACGACACCAAGAGUGCUGGGGACGGGAAACGGAAGGAGGAUAUGAACGGUGGCGCCAACAGUGAGGUCCGGCAGCCCGUACCCGGCGUCAUACUGAUGGACUACCACACGCGGUCGGGACACCCGCCGCAACCCAACGGUGUGAGCGAGUCGAGCGCGACCGGCAAUGGCGUCCCUGUAGGUGCGGAGUCUGUUCCGGCGGCGGUGCCCGUCCCAGCGGGGGGAGUCCCCGGGGCCACCAACACACCCGGCGCCAAGGAUCAGCUGAUGUAUUUAGCGCAGCUACUGGGCUUCACCGUACAGUUCUCGGACUUCCCCAAGCGUAAUCACGGCGAGUACCUGUCUCUGGUGUCCCUCUCCACGGAGCCCCCCGUCAUGUGUCACGGGGGCGGAGCCUCCACCGCGCAGUCCCACGAGCAGUGCGCCCGGGCGGCGCUCAGAGCACUAGCCCUCAUGGGACUCGACGCUCCCACCACCGGGUUGCCGAGCAUGUCGGCCGCCAAGCCCGGUCCGAUCAGUAACGGCAUCGGGGAGUGACGUCACACGGCGAAUGUUUCCAAACCGAUGCUUUAGUUUAAUUUUGUUUUCUGUAUUUUCCUGCAAUAUACGAACGUGUGAAUAUUUCACAGCGCGAAAUAAAUAGUUCGGGACGUGUUCAUUAACGACAUCAUAGUUUAUUUCGUCUCUAUCCCCAGCUAUGACAUAUUCACAAUGACAUUUGAUCUCGGGUCUUGCAACAAUUCUUAUUUUCUUUAUUGUUCGAAAGUUUUUUUUUUGUUUUUUGUUUUAGGAAAUAAAAAAAGUAACAAUAUGUGUAUUAUGUUUUAUAGUUUCUGUAAUGUACUAUAGUCGAGCUGGCAGUAAUCUUCGUAUUGAAACUCACAAAACUAAGUCUUUAUUGUAUAGGUACUUUGUAUGGAAUAUAUCGGCAGCUUCUGAUCGCUUAUCUCAAUUUAUUGUUUUAAGUAUUUCUAGGAAUUAAUUAGGUUAAUUAAAAUAAUAUAGUUUCCUUUAUCAAAUGCAGCUAUCUCGUUUAUAAAUAAGAUUGGUAUAGUUUCGAUGAAUUACGUAGGAACGCGACUAACGAAACAAGAGGCUGUGGAGCCAAACCAAAAAGGUUUCGUUGGGAUUCGGCUGUAUUGAAAAAACCGGUACAUUAAAUAAAAAAAAAAAAAUAAACAAAAAAAUAAUGUUGUUAUUAAUUAGUGCCGGUUGAAAUCCCGACGAAAGCUGAUGUUGCAUCAUGCGGCCAUGGUGACACUAGGUUUAGCUUAACGGUAAUCGCCGGAACUCGAGUCCCAGUACGGAGUUGCGGCGAUGUAUAAAUUGGCCUCGAUUUUAAACUAACGUUAACUGGGUCUUUAUUGAAUUUUUGAAUGAGAUGUUUAAAUAAAAUUUCAGUCACAUUAGGAUUAAGGCUUUAUUAUAGUUGGACACUUAAUAUAUUUUAACUUUGACUAAUUUUUAAGAUUGUAUCAGUUGUUCUGAACUCACCGGACACGAGCCCCCCUCAGUGAUCGGUUACAUCACUGGCAGAUGUAGUCUUCGAGUUACAUCGCUUGACGAUAAUGGUAUCGGUUUAUAUGAUAUAUAAAUACAUUACGUUCGAUAGCUCUUGUUACAGAACAAGGGUUUGGACGAGAAACAAUCUGUGUUUGUGCGAGUGUUUGAGAUUGUUGCUUAGAUACUCGUACAAGAAUUUUGUAUAUGGUGAAUUUUUUACCUAGAUUUUACAAUACUAUAGACUUAUUGUAGCUAUGUUAAUUGUUGAUACUGUUAUCUGUGGGCUCGAGCACAAAUUAUUGUCCCCAACUCGUCUAUUCUUUACCAAAAAGUACAGUAUACUUAGUAAUUUAUUUUAAAUCGAGGCCAUUACUUUAAUUUCUUCAUGUUGAAUGUAUCACCGGUAACAACAUAAAGAAAUUGAUAUUUUUUUAUUUGAUAAAAAAAGCCACAAUGGCGUUAAGAAGUGUUUUAUUUAUUUUGUUCUAAAUAACUAAUAUUUUAUAUUAUUAUAUGGGUGGAGCAAGUCCCAACUGAACUUCGUGCUGUUAGCAUUGUGUAAGAUUAUAAAAAUAAAAGUAUAAAAUCGUAA